AUGGCUGCACUGGCAACAGCACCAAAAGCAGAUGAUGCACCCGCUGAUUACGGUACUACUUCACCCCUUGAGCAUUCAAUUCCUCGUUGGGAUGACAGCUACAGGGGAAACUAUCUCAGUUUCUUAUGGAGGAACUUGACGAUAGCAGAGAUUAGUGGAUCUCUAGGUGACAUGGGCACUCUACUCCCCAUCUUGGUGUCCAUGGCCAAAGCUGGUCAAAUCAAUUUGGCAGCAUCAUUAAUCUUCGGUGGUAUAUUCAAUAUUCUUAGUGGCGCAGUCUUUGGCAUUCCUGUCUGUGUGCAGCCAAUGAAAUCAAUUGCUGCUUACGCGCUAGCUGGUAACCUGACUCAAGGACAAGUCAUGGCUGCUGGAUUUAUUGUUGCUGCUGUAGUCUUUGUCUUGUCAGCUACCAAGACUAUGUUGUUGUUCUACAGGAGCAUUCCUAUGCCUAUUGUACGUGGUAUUCAACUCGGAACUGGUGUCACUUUUGUAUUGAAGGGUAUUGCUACUAUCUCUCAAUCGUACGGUUGGGGCUUCAUGAACUGGCAAUGGAUGGACAAUUUCGUCAUUUGCAUGAUCACAUUCGGAUUGUGUGUUGCCAUGUACCAUGCUCGAGUAAACACCUCAGCUAUCAUCAUCUUCACAUUCGGAUUGUUAGUUGCCUUCCUCCGUGUCUGGCAAUUCUCUCCUGGGAAAUACACGGUACCCGCACCAUUCUCAACUUGGCCUACUGCGAGCGUACCAAGUGCUACUGACUUCCGUAUUGGUUUCGUUAAUGCCGCUUUGGGUCAAUUGCCUCUCAGUAUCCUAAACUCUGUCAUUGCUGUCACCAAGUUGGCCGAUGACUUGUACCCUGAAAAGGCUCAACCAGUUGCUCCCAUCACCCGAGUUGGUCUCUUCCUUGGUUGCAUGAACAUGAUUUCCAUGUGGUUUGGAUGUAUUCCAUACUGUAACGGGUCUGGUGGACUUGCCGGCCAAUACCGAUAUGGGGCACGAACUGAGGUAUCCCUCUACGUCCUCGGUGCAGCCAAACUCAUCUUGGGAAUCCUAUUCGGAUCGUCCUUGGUUGGUAUCUUCACAGCCUUCCCCAACUCUGUACUGGGUGUUAUGCUUGUGUUCUCUGGUAUCGAAUUGGCAUCCAUGGCCAAAGACGCUGGUGGACUGACUCGCGAAGGACAAGAUUCAUUCGUCGUUGUAUUGAUUGGAGGGUUAUCAGCUGCCGGAUUUGCUAAUGAUGGAAUCGGGUUCUUGUGCAGUGUGGCAUGUUUUGUCUUGCUAGCCAUCCAAAGGGCCAAGGAGAGCAUUGGAUCAUGGAGUGGUUUGUUUGCAAGCUGGAGAACUUUUGCUUAUGGCGAGUUCUUCCACAAUGCAUACAUGUUGUGGCGAAACUCGUGGUCCACCGAGAAGGUUGCCACGGGUGAGAAGAAGCACAUGGUCGCGGAGGAGACCACAAUGUGA